AUAUCUCACCUGAACAGGUAGAUUGAGGAAGGUCGGUAACGAUGUCAGUCCGGUGCUUUUGAAGUAGUGUAAGUCGUGUUUGAUGCUAUAACAACACUCGCAUACGCGAUAGACAAUAAGCACCUGUUCACACCUUUAUCUCGGAUACCUGGAUUGUGUCAUAGAGUUGAUCCGUCGACACAUUUGGAGAAGAGGAUUGUUUUACCUGGCCAAACGGACAACUCCCAUGCUUGUGUCCUUAGAAAGGAAAUCUAACAGGUAGAUGGAGCAGUCCAUAGGUGUGUGGCUGUGACCGAGAAUGGCGAGUAACCAUGGCAACUCUGAGCCAUUGGAAGACUACUGGAAGGAGUUUAAUGACAUUGAAAGUAAUAAAGGAUCCGAUGAGGAGGAGGAGCUGUCGAAAACCCCAGAUGAGGGGGAGCAGGAAGCAGAAUGGCUCCAUCGAGCAGGAUACGGAUUUGUUGCAAGUAAACUACAUGAUGGCAAGGAGCUGAGUGAUGAUGACCUGGAGGGCUUGACGGAGGAGUUGUCUGCCCCCCAGGCCGAGGCGGUACGGAAACGUAUUGACACAUUGACCACCACAAUGAGGAAGAAACACAAACAGAACAAGAUCCAUGUGAAGGACAUCUUCACUAACAUGGAUCCGAGGCCACCGGCAAGUCCGACACUGGAACGUAUGCCAAUCAGGAGAGAAAGUGCCAAAAACCGAGAACGAGCGUCCUUUUUGAGAAGUGGGCAUUACUCCAUGUCUGGGGCCCCGACAGCCGAAGUCCAGACAUACACUAACCCAGAGACAAUACGUGGUGUUCAGGUGCUGAGCAUCAACCCAAUGACAACACAGAACAGGUUGUCUCGGACCCAGCUGCAGCCAAUCACAGACACCGAUUUCUCCAUGGACUUCCACCUGGAGGAGAGAGACAACAAGAGCAAUUCACAAAGGAGUCCACUUGAUUUACCUGCAUUCAACUUGAAGCACAACCCACUGGGCACGACACGGAUCAAUGACCUUGGCACUGUCGACCUGGACAGUCUACGAGCCCUUGCUCACAUAGAACUAACUGCGCUCUUUGAUUUGAAUAAUUUAACAUUUGCAAGACCAAAGAAAAAGAAAAAGAUUAAAGAACAUGGCUUGUUUGGCGUCCCAAUCCACAUCCUGUUAGAGAAUGACCAGCGGAGAGCUCCCAAUGUCAAAAUACCACUUAUAUUUCAGGAGUUGAUCCGAUUUCUAGAAAAGGAAGGCCUGAGAACGGAGGGUAUCCUUCGAGUGCCAGGAGCUGUAUCAAGAGUGAAGCACUUACGACAUGAAUUAGAAGAGAAGUUUUACUUGGGAAACUUCCACUGGAAAGAUGUUUGGCCCAACGAUGCUGCAGCUCUCAUGAAGCAGUUCAUCCGAGAUCUACCAAUACCUCUGUUGACAUACGACUACAUCGAUGCCUUUCCACAAGUCAAGUCGAUCAAGACAACGCUGGAACAACUGAGGUGCCUCAACCUUCUGGUGCUGCUCCUGCCUGAUGAACAUCGGGAAACUCUCAGGGUUUUAUUAAGAUUUCUGCGUAAGAUUGUAUCCUCCAGUAAAGACAACAAGAUGUCAUUGAGCAAUGUUGCAAUGAUAAUGGCCCCCAACUUGUUCCUGGGACCAGCUACACGUAACAAGUCACUGAGCAUAGAACAGAAGGAGCUGAGCAAAGCACACGGAACAUCAAGUAUCGUGAAGAUGCUGAUCCACUACCAGGAGGAACUGUGGACGGUGCCCCCAUCCUUUGUCAGACAAUUGAGGAUUCAAAACGAGGCCGAUAUUUUGCGGAAAAAUAGGAAAAGAGGAUUCCGAGCUCGAAAGGACAAGAGUGAAGCUUACAGAAGGUCAGCGCCUGUAUCAGAGGCGGACCUAGCAGAGGGGGUGAUCCUGGUGAAGGCGCCGCACCUCACCAAACUCUCCACCAGGAUGAAGCUGGAUGAACUGACCACAGCCAGGGACAUUGUGGCCAAGUUUCGCCGCAUCGCAGGGCCACACCCGAGUGGGGGGCUGGGGGAGAGCUUCUCGUCACGAGAGCAUCACAGUCAUGCAUUGCACAGCAUGAGUUUUCGCAACCCAGACAAUGCACAGUUUGCAGAUGACAAUGCAUACCUAUUUGAGGUUGGAGGCAAUAUAGGUGAACGUUGUCUCGAUCCCCACACUCGGAUGAUGAGCCUCUUGCGGAUCAACCCACAUGCAGAAUGGGUUAUUAAAGUGCACCAUAGAUAGCUCAAGUCAAUUCUAGAACAUUUUAUAGAAGACUUGAACUAAAAGCUGUAUACACAGUGUCAAGGCCAGUUGGAUGAAGCUUAAGUCAUCUUAUAAAUCAACUGUCAGUGACUUCUGUAAUUUUAAGAAACAUAUCUUCAUAAUGUCAAGGGCUGAUGAUGGAAGGGUCAAGGUCAAGUGAUGGAAGGUCAAGGUUGGAUGAAGGAAGGUAAAGGUCACUAACAGGAUAAGUUCCUCUGUUUACAAAGAGCAGUGUGUUGGCGAUGGACCUAGUUCCAACAGGUGUUAUAUCGGAGUGAUGGAAGGUGUCCAAGACAAAAUCCACGGACUGUUAUUGAGGUGCUAGUCUUGUUUGAAGUGUGCACUGGUUGUAUGUAUGCCCUCUGAUGAGGGCUGGACGGAUUAUGCCUGAGGAAACAUCCUCCACCAUGACACCUCUGUAGCAGACACUCAUCAUGCAACAAACGGUGUCCAACACCACUGUGAGUCCAAUACUUCACUUGUGACAAAGUAUCAUCACUGAUUGGCAUGUUGUUAACACUUGUAACAUAUGUUGAGAUUUAUAUACAAAUAUAUUGUUUAUGUUAAGCAAGAAAACAGCAAUAUCUUAAACAAUGGAUUGUACAAAAAUUGAUGUGUAUAAUAUCCAAUAUUGAAAAGAAUUGUUGCUCAUCGAAUAGACAAAAUAUUUUUUCAUUUGAAGCCAAAUAUUUUGAAAGCCUGAAUCUUGUCUGAUCUGUGUUGUUUUGGCCUUGCUUGAAGGCAGGUUAGUUCAAAGUCAGUGUUAGAUAGCGAUCUGUACCGGAUUAGGAGGAGGGGCAGGCGAUAAUCAGCUACAGUAUCAGUACUUCUUGGGUUUGUACACACUACCUUCCCCCAUGACCCAUGAAUUCAUAGAGGCGGAGGGGUAGCCUGGUGUUAAAGUGUUCGCUCACCAUGCCGAGGCUCCAGGUUUGAUUCCCCAUAUGGGUACAGUGUGUGAAGCCCAUUUCUGCUCUCCCCCGCCGUCAUAUUGCUGGAAUAUUGCUAAAAGCGGCGUUAAACUCAACUCACUCACUCAUGAAAUCAUGGGGCUGUGAUGUGGUGUAGUGGUGACAUGUGUCUAUUGUUAGUUUGCUAGUGGCAUGAAGCCAUGCAUAUCUCACACAAGUAUAGUGAGUUCAACCCCGUGCAUGAACCCUGAUAUUAAAGCAAUAACAAUAGUGAAUGUAACAAAUGUUAUAUUUGGGAUGACACUUUCUUAGUAAAGUACAGAUUCUCGUACUUUUUUUAGGUUGAGUCCCGUCCGGGAUUCGAACCCACACUUGCCAGAGUGAGGCACCUAAUC